CUGGGUCUUCGGAUCCGAGGUAGUAGUUCUCAGUGUGUCGGUGUUCUAAUUUAAUGUUCAUUACGAAAGCUAUCUGUGCACCCUUCUUCGCGCAUCUAACCUCACGGCGCUGUGCGCUGCAGUGUGUUUCUGCGUGUGUCUUUUUAUUUUGCAUUUUUUAGCUUCCGUUUUCUUCGGGGAGAGCUGCAGUUGGUUGUCGUGCGUUAAAGGGACACGAGCGGGGACGGGCGCGCGCUCCUGCGCACGGCGAUAAGAGCAGAGCUGGAAACGAGGGACACAGAUACGGCGAGUAAACGGAGGCGGAGCGGAGAGGCGAGGGUACUGCGCAGCGAAGGUCUUUGGUGUAUCUCUCACGGUGUGUGUGUGUGUGUGGCUGAGGAAAAAUGUUCGGCAUGAUCAAGAACUCCCUGUUUGGGGGGAACGAGGAGGCCAAGUACGAGGUGCUCAGCACUGAGUCGAAGGAAGAGGGAAGCUAUGAGGUGAGGCAGUAUCAAAGUGCCCGCUAUGCCACUUUGACUUGCGAGGGGAAGACCUUCGACCAGGCUACAGGCGAGUGUGUGAAGAAACUUCUUAUGUAUGUAGGAGGAAGCAAUGACAAAGGGGAAGGCAUGGGCAUGACAGCACCCAUUUGUAUAACAGUCUUUCCUAAGGAUGAUGGCUCUCUGUCAGAUCGCAUUGUUACUGGGCUCCGUAUCCCUGAGCGUUACCAGGGAAACCCUCCCACUCCAACUGACAGCACAAUCCAGUUUGAAGAGAGACCAGCCAUGACUGUAUAUGCACUGAGGUUCGGAGGAUUUGCUCAUGAAAAUGAGUAUCGCAACGAGGCUGCUUGCCUCACCCGCAUUCUGGGUGACAGCACCGCCUACCAGCGAGCAAGUUAUUUUUGCUGUGGUUAUGACCCCCCAAUGAAACCCUACGGUCGACGCAAUGAAGUGUGGUUCAUAAAGGAGGAGAACUGAAACAGGAUGUAGAGUGGUGGUUGAGGUUAACACCAACUGAAAUCUCUUUUUAGGUACAGGCAGUCCCCGAGUUAAACAUCUGACUUUCGUACAACCACGAACCACUGACUGGAAGUUAAUCCCCCCCCACCCUUAAGUAACAAUCAAAUGAAAACUUAAGCCUAUUAAAACUGUUACUGUACAUAUAAUGGUUCAUACUAAUAAUUUGGCGCUACUGGGCGAAGCACAUCAAAACAUUGUGUGUCUACAGCGGUUUCUUGGCUUGUGGGCAGGGCACGUGAGCCUGAGGUAGGACAGACUUCUUUUCCCAUUAAGUGUCUCGUGUGUUACUGUAUUUGGUUUUUUCCUUUUUUUUUUUUUUUGUUUUACCCUCCUAACCAUGGCGCCAAAGUGUAAAUGUGAUGCAUCCAAGUAAAAGGAAGCAAUCACGCUGAAACUAAAGAGUUUAUAGUAAAGUGAAAGGUGAAACACCAACAAACAAUGGAAAAAGCAAACAGUUUCUUUGUUUUCCACAUGCGCACACAGGCUGUCCCUCUCUCUUGCUCUCUCUGAGAACACUUGGCUACAAAAGACACUCCCCCUAGUUGUGGAAUCUUAUUCAACACAACCUUCCCCUCUCUGCUCUUCCAAGUCCUGUCCCGUUCCACGUUUCUUUGAUAACCGCCCGCCUUGUCCCCCGACCACCAUUUCAGAUCCUCACCUCUGUUCAGUUCAACCGACCGACCAUUCAUGUCCAACUAUGAGAUUACAUCUUAUCCUUUGAUCUGAAUAAAUGAACCUGCACUUGUAUCCAGCCUCCUCCGUGUCCUCUGUUCAUCAUGACAGUAGUAACAUUUAUCUCUUAAAGCGCCGUUACCUUGUCUAUGCUAUUG